AUGGGCGGGGAGGAGGAGCAGGCGGAGGAGAUUCGGCGGCUGCUGCACUGCGCCGCCUCGAAGGCGGACGCCUUCGCCAUCCUGCGGCUCGACGCGGAGUCCUGCGAGCUCGCUGACAUCAACCGCAACUUCCGCAAGCUUGUGCUGAAGGUCCACCCCGACAAGUGCACCCUGGCGAAGGCCGCCGACGCCUUCCACGUCGCCGAAAAUGCGCACAAGCUGCUGAGCAACGAGGCCAUCCUCGUGCGGCUGAAGAUUGCCCACAGGAAGAAGAAGGAGAAGGAGGCGGAGGAGGCGGCGCGGCGGCAGGCGAGCGUAGGCCCGGUGGGCGGCGACCACGGCGGCGGCGUCAGUCUUGGCGCGGCGGAUGAGGCGAACUUGUCGAAGGAGGAGCGGACGCGGCGUCGACGCCGUGAGCAGCUUGUGGAGCAGCAGUUGGAGGCGGCGCGGCUGGCGGAGGAGGCGGCACGCAAGAAGCAGCGCGUGGAGCGGGAGACGAAGGAGCGAGCCGAACUCGCCGCGGAGUUGGAGCGGCAGCGGAAGGAGUGGAAGGACCUGAACCUUUUCUAG